AAUUUAAAAUUACAUUAAAAAACUUACAAGAUUUCAUGUGACCAAACAAUUAACAGUAACAACAUCAAUCUUCUAGUAAUAUAUAUCCAAGUAGAUACCUUGAUUUUAUGCUCAACUCCGGGUGAUUAAUCUGAAAAGAUGCUCGAAAACCUUUUUUCACUGCCUAAAGUGAAGAGAAUGAAAUUGGUGGCAUUUGCGUUGGUUGCGCUGAUCAGUUUCCUAUGCUUGGCGGCACAUCAGCGAGCACUAGUCGGCAGCAGAAGAGAUGACGUCAUGAUGAAAACCAACCAAGUCGACCGCAACAUAGAUAACCAUCACAACAUACCAAGGCAGUACUAUAACCAGUGGGGCAGCGGAGGAGAUAACAACGGAGACAACAAUGCCAACGAAGACUUAUCCCUAAAGAUUGAAGAUGAAACCUCCCGCCUUCUCUUUGAAUGACGUGAAAUAGGAUCUACUACUUCGUCGAUGUACCUUUUCGUGGGCUUACGAGAUCUCUUUAGCGCAGGAAGUGCAUCAGUUGGGCUUUCUGCAGAAAACAAGGUUACCAAUUCAUCCUUCCCCUGAACUCUGUUAAACUCACCACUUUGGCAUGUCUGCCCAUAUUCAUCAUUUUUCUCAUCCUUUGCACAGGAAAACAUCUCCACUGGUUGGGAAAGGCUUGUAGCAUUCUCAUCAGAUGGUAAACCAUUAAAAGAGUGUCUUGAAAAGUCAUGGACCUUGCCAAUAUUCUCUUGUGGUGAUUUCAGAGGUUUCUUCUCAGCCAAUUUUUCAGACUCAUGUUGAGGACUAGGAAUUUCACUAAACUCAUAACUCUUGAUAUCAACUACAUCAUUUUGGCAUUCUGGCACUUCCAUUGUUUUGAAUAGAUCUGAUUUCCACGGAGAGUCAAUACCAGCACAUGUAAGAACUGGACUGCAUGAAACAGAGGUCUGCAAGCAUUCGCUUGAAACAUAUUCCAGAUCUGUAAUUCUUUCAGCGAAUUCAACACCUGCAUACCCAAUACAGCAGUUUUCUUUUUGAUUGGUUUUGGGUUGGGUGAGGGUAAAGAACAGUUAGCAAUAUGUGCCACUUAAUGACUGAAAAGUUUAAUAAGACCAUUCGAGUACGGGGAUACUCACCUAGAAGA